AUGAAGUUAGAUUGCAAGGCUAUUAGAUAUCUGACAAAGGAUGACUGGCGUACAUUGGUUGCCGUUGAGAUGGGCAUGAAGAAUCAUGAGAUCGUACCAGUCAGUUUGAUUUGUAGCAUUGCAAAUCUAAAGUAUGGAGGUGGAAAGAAGGCAAUCAACAAUAUACACAAGUUCAAACUAUUAUUCCAUGAUGCUAGGAAGUAUGAUGGAUACAAGCUCACAUACCUUGGAUAUGACUAUCUUGGUCUCAAGGCAUUGGUAUCUCGUAAUAUAAUAGCAUUCGUUGGCAAUCAGAUUGGAGUUGGAAAGGAGUCUGAUAUCUACACAGUUGCCAAUGAGAAGAAUGAAGAGAUGAUCCUUAAGCUGCAUAGAUUGGGUCGUGUGUCAUUCAAGACGAUCAAGAACAAUCGUGACUAUCUUAGACAUCGCAAGUCAGCCUCGUGGCUCUACCUCUCACGUCUUUCGGCACUCAAAGAAUUUGCCUACAUGAAGGCACUCCAUGAGAAUGGCUUCCCAGUGCCAACACCAUUCGAUAGCAAUCGUCAUUGUAUCGUCAUGUCCCGAGUCAAGGGAUAUCCAUUGACACAGAUUGUUGAGCUGAGACAUCCAAGAAAGGUGUACAGCGACCUUAUGAACUUGAUCGUAAAGUUGGCCAACUAUGGACUGAUUCAUGGUGACUUUAACGAGUUCAAUAUUAUGAUUGACGAUGACGAGAGGAUCACAUUGAUCGAUUUCCCACAGAUGGUAUCGACAUCACAUCUCAACGCCGAGUACUACUUUGAUCGCGAUGUCAACUGUAUCCGUACAUUCUUUGAGAAGCGAUUCAACUUUAUUGGCGAGCAGUAUCCAAAGUUCUCUGACUACAAGGACAGUCUGUACAGUUUGGACGUCACUAUUGCCGCAUCAGGAUUCACCAAGGACUUGCAAAAGGAUAUGGAUGAUUUGACCAAGGAGCAAGAGGAUGAGGAGGAGGAGAGUGGAGAUAGCCAGGAUGAUGAUGGAGAUGAGGACAAUGAGCAGACGAAAGACCAAGUCACAGAGCGCAAAGUUGCCAAAGAGGAGAGCGACAAACAGGAAGAGGAGGAACAAGAUGAUGAGGAUGAUGAGGAUGAUGAGGACGACGAAAGUGAGGACGAAGAUGAUGAGGAGGAGGCCAAGGAUGAGCCAGCUCACGUUGCUCCAACCACCUCCACCGCCACCACUACCAUGGAGGUCAAACAAUUGACAAAGGAGAUGAGGGGAUUGAAGGCCAACAACAAUAGAAACUUCAAGUUCUCUAAUGUGAAUGAUGAGGAGCCAGCCCCAAUCGUACUGCGAAAGGAGUUCUUGCAAGAGAUGAAGGAGUUGGAGGGUGAUCAGACACCAGUGGAGGAAGGUGAUCAGCUGCCCACCAUCGAUCAACAGACAUUGGACGAGAUGAGAAGACAAGAGAGCCAACGCAAGAUUACACAACGUGUAAAGAAACAGCUCACCAGGUCGAACAAGCCCACAGUCACCGCCAGGAACACCGCCAAGUCAAGGUCAAAGAGUGAGAUCAAGAGUCACAUUGCCAGUUAUUAA